UAUCCGACCUCGUUUAUGAGCCUCCGCUGUCUGCUGAGCGACGAGCUGAGCAACAUCGCCAUGCAGGUCCGCAAGUUGGUUGGGACCAAGCACCCGCUGCUGAACACCGCCAGAGGGCUUGUGUAUGAUAGCCGGAAUAACCUACAGAUGCGAGGUUUGGUCGUAUUGCUUAUUUCCAAAGCAGCUGGUCCCAGCAACACAGCAGAGCUUUCUUUCCAGCAUGACAUGGUCAGCGGGAUUUAUUCCAGUCAAAGAAGUCUGGCAGAGAUUACAGAGUUGAUCCACACUGCCUUCCUGGUGCAUCGUGGGAUAGUAAACAUUGGUGAGCUGAAGUCCUGUGAUGGCCUACUGAAGGACAUGCAGUUUGGAAAUAAAAUAGCUGUCCUGAGUGGAGACUUUCUUCUAGCAAAUGCUUGCACAAGCCUAGCUCAGUUACAGAAUACUAAGGUUGUGGAGCUCAUAUCAAGUGCAAUUGGUGACUUAGUGCAAGGAAUAUACUAUGACAAUUCUAACUUAUCAGAAAACUGUCUUACACAUGAUAUUGGAAUAUCAACUUGGAAAGAACAGAUUUUCCUAUCCCAUAGUGCCUUGUUGGCAAAGAGCUGCCAGGCUGCAAUGGAAUUAGCAAAGCAUGAUGCUGAGAUCCAGGAUAUGGCAUUUCAGUAUGGAAAGAACAUGUCUCUGAGUCAUAAGCUACACUCUGACCUCCAGCCAUUCAUUAAAGGAGAAUCUAGUGACUCUGUGGCUUUUAGUUUAAAUUCUGCUCCUGUAGUCCUGCAUCAGGAGUUCCUUGGAAGGGAGGCCUGGAUUAAGCAGAUUAGAGAGGCACAAAGUAAAGGGAAUUUAAUGGACUUUACUAAGUUGCAAGAAGCAAUCAAGGCUGGCAAAGGUGUGACUUCAGCUAUUGACCUAUGUCAUUACCAUGGAAACAGAGCACUGGAGGCCCUGGAGUGCUUCCCUCCCUCUGAGGCCAGAUCUGCUUUAGAAAACAUGGUUUAUGCUGUGACCAGAUUUUCAUGAGAUACAAUUCAAAAAAUAAACUGUUGUUCAUUUGCAGAAAACAACUAGAUGGAUAGUGGCUGGGACAAGGGAAAAAAUAUCCUGUAUUUUUAAAAGAACUAAAUUUGUUAGUUGCCUUUUUUUUUUUUUUUU